ACCGCCCCGCCCAUCCACAUCGAGUUCUAUUGCAAAAGUCAAGCCACUCUUUCCGCAUUCGCAGUGCUAGUUGCUCAUAUGGCAUCCAACAAGCUUAUCGUGCCGAAGGGGGCUUCCGACAAGCUUAUCGUGCCGAAGGGAGCUUCCGACAAGCUUAGCGUGCCUUCGGAAGGGUCGACCUCCGGGAGGGCCUCCGCCGCAAAGCUGCCAGGUUCCUUCGGUUCCUUCGGUUCCUUUACCCUCUACCCAUUUAAUAGGUCGGCAAGAGUUAUCUGCAAUCAUCCAAGCAAUGAAAGCCACGUAACUGAGUUCCACGAGGAGAUUCCGAAUACUACUAAAUGUAUUAUCCACAAAGUAAUUCAUGUUACCCCGGAUUUAAAAUCCAGGAAGGAUGGAUAUCUGCUGUCCUUUGGUUAUGGCAAGUCAAAUGAUAUCCACCUUACCAGUCUCGAUGAUCAUGUUGCCGCUGUCAAAGACCACCUUGCCGCUAAGAUAGCCUUUGAGAAUGCCAAAGUAGCAAAAGGACCUGUCAAUCCGAAUCUGGAGGCAGAGGAGGAGAGACUCGACGACUCUGGGCCUCCCCUUGUGAUCUAUUCCCAGGAACAGUGCUCCAUCGCUCUCAAGGGAGCCGGCUUCGAACUCCACGACUGGACGACGACGAAAAGCUCCCUCGUGCGGAAAGUAUAUGCAUCAGCUAAACCCGAAGAAAUACCGAUGCCGAAUGGUUACUGCGCCAUUCCGCCACAGCCUGCAUCCAAGAGCGACGGGAUACAAAUACUUAUGGGAAAUGGAGAAGAACGGGCCAUUUUCACGCUCCACUGGACAGAGCAUAAAUAGUACGUGGCUAUCUCGGUUUAGUAGGUGAUCUUAAGGGGGGGGGGUCAAUUAUAGACUUUAUUAGCAGGGGCGUAGGAGGGGGUUCAUCGCUUUAGAUUACAUUGUCCGUAGAUUGGCAGACCUGGGCUUUGAGAGGCACUAUAGAUAGCUUAGGUAUUGAUCCUAACCUUGUGGGGUGCUUUGGAGUUUCAUCAAAUCAAGACUUUUCUCGGUGGUCGAAGUGGAUAGAACAUCUGUGAAGCGGAAAGCUUUUGAUUGUAGUGAGACGGCGACGGAGUUUAUUUACCGGGCAGACAACCUGUCAGUUGCAACUUGCAGGCCAGCCAGUCGACUUGAAGUGCCGACUCUCUCAUGUUUUGGC